CACGUUCUGGUGUUAAGCGUUAGGUCUCCCAGCUUGGCAAAUCGGUCGUGGAACAGAAAUACGAAAAAUAUCUUAAAUACUUUACACCUUAGCUUUACUCAACUUUGCACGGUUUUGCCACUUAGCACUCGAUAAGCACUAAAUAAUUAUAAUGAUCAAUAACGAUGCCUAACUAAGUGAAAAGAGCCACAGUUCGAUCGGAAUAAACAUAAGCCCACAAGGCAAAGACAAACAGUCACUUGGGCAAACAAAACAGUGCAUUAAGUAUACGGCGCGCAUCAAGUAUACGUCGCGAUGUCCAAUGGCAAGGCUGCCGCAGCUGCCGCCACAGCUGAGAAAAACGGCUCGCUGAACGAUCGGCCAUUGUUUAUGCAAAAUGCCAACGGCGGACGAAUUGCGACCGCCGAUGUGGAAGUCAGCAACUUCCGACGCGCCCUUCCACAGUUUUUAGCUGUUAGUAUUAAGAACAUAUUGCUAUUCGGAUAUGGCAUGACCUUGGGCUUCCCCACAAUCGUGAUACCCGCCAUUCAAGGUGGUGAAGGCCGCAGCGAGACCAGCGGCGACAUAGUCCUCAACAAGGACGAGAUCUCUUGGUUCAGUUCCAUUAACCUGAUUUGUGUGCCUCUGGGAUGCCUAUUCUCCGGACUUCUUACUCAACCACUGGGCAAACGACGAGCCAUGCAGUUUGUCAACCUGCCGAUUCUGGCCGCCUGGCUGAUGUUCCACUUCUCGACGCGCACGGAGCACCUGUAUGCGGCUUUAUGCUUGGCUGGUCUCGGAGGCGGAUUGAUGGAGGCGCCGGUGCUCACCUAUGUGGCCGAAAUCACGGAGCCCAAGUACCGUGGCAUUCUUUCUGCUCUGGGAACCACCUGUGUCAUAACCGGCGUUUUUAUCCAGUUCAUCCUGGGAUCUCUGAUGGACUGGCGGAGUGUGGCGGCGGUGAGUUCGGCCUUUCCGGUGAUCACCAUCAUAAUGCUGUCCUUUGUGCCCGAGAGUCCGGUUUGGUUGAUCCGCGAACAGCGCUUCCGGGAGGCGGUGAAGUCCCUGCAAUGGCUACGUGGCUGGGUUCCGGAGCACAUGAUCGAGGCGGAGUUCAAUCAGCUCUACGAUGAACUGAUCACCCAGAAGGCCAUCGAACUGGCUGCGGAUGGGGCGCCUCUUCCGGGUCAACGUCGGACAAUUGGUCAACGUCUGAGGAUGUGGAGGAAACGGAGCUUCCUGGUCCCAUUCCUCCUGGUUUCCUUUAGCUUUUUCACCGGUCACUUUUCCGGAAAGACCCCGCUGCAAACGUACGCGGUGCAGAUUUUUCACACCCUCAAGGCUCCAAUGAACAAGUACCAUGCGACGAUUCUUCUUGGAGUGGCUGAGAUGCUGGCCACCAUCUUGGGCGUAGUGCUGAUUCAUUUUACCGGAAAGAGACCUUUGGUUUUGGUCUCAACCGUGGGCACCGGACUGUGCUUCUUUGGCACGGCCACCUAUGCUCACUUCCUGAGUGAAGUUCCGGGAUUUACGGUCAACAAUGUGGUGGUCAAUGCCUCCUCGAUAGUGCCCAAGGAGGGCAUCCUCUCGCAGGAGAACAUCUCCAGGAUCUUUGAGACAGAACAACAGGCAAUAAGGCAGGAAGCAGAACUCUUGACCACUCUGCUGCCGGAAAUGGAGACAACUACGAUGUUCGAACCGGAAGCUUACAAUCGCAGUAAAAGGGAGGUGAAUGACAUGACGACCACAGAUGCGUUUAUGGACACCACCAUGUGGCCGCAACUAGGAAGCAGUACGGAAGCAGUGGCCUCUUCAUCAUCCAUGGCUCCACCUUCGAAACCACCUAUCGUGGAGGACAUUCUGCUGGUGGUGCCGAAGCAGGAACACAACUACCUGGUCUGGGUGCCACUCAUCCUCCUGCUGCUCUCCGCCUUCUUCUCUCACCUGGGCAUCCGCAUGUUGCCUUGGAUUCUUAUUGGCGAAGUCUUUCCCGCGGAGAUACGAAAUACGGCCUCGGGUUUUGCCGGUGGUGUGGGCUAUAUAUUUGGCUUCCUGGCCAACAAGCUCUUCCUGGUGAUGCUGAGUGCCUUGACUCUGCCCGGAACCUUCGCCUUCUAUGCCAGUGUGGCCUUCGUUGGAACCGUUGUCCUGUACUUCACGCUUCCGGAGACGGAGGGUCGCACUCUGGGUGAAAUCGAAGCCCACUUCUCCAAGAAAUCCGACAUGAAUUUGUUUCGCAGGCAGCCCAGCAAGAAGUUGCCCAUCAAGGAUGAGGCCCAGUAUCCCGGCAAUACCAUCAAUGUGCAGGGUAGCUUCCAAGUGCCCAUCACCUCGCAGCAACAAGCAAAGAUCAUCCACUUGCAGCAAAGCGACUUCGCGCCCCGCCCCCAAAACGGCCGGUCAGCAGGAGUCGGGAUGUCCAAUCCGGCCUUCGAGGAGAGCAACACCACACAUUUGUGAGCUGUGAGUGGACAAGGUCGCCCGUGUCAUCACAUAAACUUCCUUUCCAAGUGCUUAACAUUCCAGUGAUAUUUCUGAGAAAUAAACUUAACUAUUUAGAUUUGUGUA